CUACUGUCUGCUCGUGCUCGUAACCACAGACUUCAUCUGGACCUGGAUGUGUGCGUGCUGGAGGAACCUGUUCGCAAUAACCUACAAUAAAACACCCGCGGCGUUCAUGUCAUCGGAGAAAGAUGCUGUCGGCUUCGGUUAGCACGUUUUACCUGGGCGACCGGAGAGUUUGGUCGAUGUGACAUUGCUUGAGCUUUUUUUUGUUCUGGUCCCGGACGCAGAGCAGCGAUCGUGCGGUGAGAAGAUGAUGUUGAGUCGGCUGAUGAGUGGCAGCGUCAGAAACCUGGAGCGAGAAUACAUGUGUACGGUCAGACUGCUGGAUGAUACGGAGUAUACCUGCACCAUUCAGAGGGAUGCCAAAGGCCAGUAUUUGUUCGACCUCAUUUGCCACCAUCUAAACCUGCUGGAGAAGGACUAUUUUGGCAUUAGAUAUGUCGAUCCGGAUAAACAACGGCACUGGCUGGAGUUCACCAAGUCAAUUUCUAAGCAGAUGAAAUCACAACCUCCGUUCACCAUGUGUCUGCGGGUGAAGUUCUACCCACCAGAUCCUGCUGCUCUAAAGGAGGAGAUCACCAGGUAUCUCGUCUUCCUGCAGAUCAAAAGAGAUCUGUACCACGGUCGUCUCCUCUGCAAAACGUCUGACGCAGCCUUAUUGGCAGCUUACAUCUUACAAGCUGAGAUUGGAGACUACGACCCGGGAAAGCAUCCAGAGGGCUACAGCUCCAAGUUCCAGUUCUUCCCCAAGCACUCAGAGAAACUGGAAAGAAGGAUUGCAGAGAUUCACAAGACAGAGUUAAUAGGUCAAACUCCAGAGACUGCGGAGCUGAAGUUCCUGCAGAAAGCACAAAUGCUUGAAACAUACGGCGUGGAUCCUCAUCCGUGCAAGGAAGAUGACGUGGUUCUCCUCUGUCGCUGUUCAUCACAGGAUGUGUCUGGGAACCCAGCUUUCCUAGCCUUCACUCCGUUCGGUUUUGUCGUGCUUCAAGGGAACAAGAGAGUCCAUUUCCUCAAAUGGCACGAGGUGACCAAACUGAAGUUUGAGGGAAAGACAUUCCAUAUAUAUGCAAAUCAGAAGGAGGACAAAAAGAUCAUCUUGACGUACUUCGCACCGACUCCAGAGGCCUGCAAACACCUUUGGAAAUGCGGUGUUGAAAAUCAAGCUUUCUACAAGUUGGAGAAGUCGAGCCAGGUUCGUACGAUGUCCAGCAGUAACCUGUUCUUCAAGGGGAGUCGUUUCCGCUUCAGUGGAAGAGUAGCCAAAGAGGUAAUGGAGCAGAGUGCAAAAAUUAAACGGGAACCUCCAGAAAUACAUAGGGCUGGCCUGGUGCCCAGCAGAAGCUGUCCAUCCAUCACACAUGGGCCACGGCUGAGCAGUGUCCCGCGCACCCGCCGGAGAGCGGUACACAUAUCCAUCAUGGAAGGUCUGGAAUCCUUGCGGGACAGCGCUCACUCCACUCCAGUGCGCUCCGUGUCCCACGGCGACUCCUUUAUGUCACGUUCGCGCAGCCAUGUGAUGGACUCCGGCGACGGGACGGCGGUCAUCUCCGACGAGACCUACAGUCCCUCCGACAGCGUGCUGCCCACACCGGUGGCCGAGCACAGCCUGGAGCUGGCAGUCUCACGCCAGAUCAACGGCGCCCCCUGCAGCAUCGAGGAGGAGAAAGAGUCGGAGGCGGGGACGCCCAGCGUGGGAGACUUGGCCGAGUUAGGGGCGGACAGUAGGGCGACAGGCCCCUUGAAGAGCGCAGGCGGGGAGGCCACGCUCAGCGAGACGGAACAGGUGAAUAAGUUUGUUUUAAGUGUACUCCGUCUGCUCCUUGUGACCAUUGGACUCCUCUUUGUCUUGCUCCUCCUCCUCAUCAUCCUUACUGAGUCCGACCUUGACAUUGCAUUUUUACGUGAUAUCCGCCAGACCCCCGAGUUUGAGCAGUUCCAUUACGAAUACUUUUGUCCCCUCAGACGGUGGUUUGCCUGCAAGCUCCGCUGGGUGGGCGGGCUGCUCAUUAACAAGUGAAAAUGAGGCACUAAAGCUCGUAAAGCCUCCCUUGUUGGGGUCGAGAAGACGCUAAACACGUGGAGAGAGAGAGAGAGAGAGAGAGGUGGAGGGCACCGACCUGUCCCAUGAACCCAGCUUCUUUCAUGACACUCCUGCUGAUACACGGUGGACCACCAGGCCCACAGCUCCUCUUCUCUUCCACUUUUAGUUUUCUCCCCCACCCAUUUUUACACCUUUAUUUUUUUCUUCUUUUUUUACAAAGACAUUUUUUGGGUUUUUGGUUUCUUUUUUUGGAUUUCAGGUCAUUUCAGGUAUUUUAUUUUUACAAAAAAUAAAAAAAAACAAAAA